AUGAUGGAACAACAACGACAAGAGGAAAAACAAAGUCACGACAAACGGCGCCGUCAACGAUUCUGGCUCUUCAUGGCCAUUUUUAACACGGUUCUGAUUGUUGCCGUUGUCAUUUUGGUCGUCACAUUGCCUAAAGAAGAUGACCAAUCAUCCUUGUCCGAAGCCGAACGGUUGGCCUUGUUGCAACAGCAACAACAGCAAGGAAUGACAUCCGCACCGCCGACCAGCAGUCCCACGACUCCCAAUUUGAGGCCUACUGUCAACCCUACCAUGAAUCACCUGCCUAAUAACAAUACCAUCCAUCCCGAUGAAGAACGCACACCAUUCCCUGGGGGUUCUCAUGACGACGACGGUCCCAUCCAGCCAACAAAUUCUGAUGAAUUCCUUGCCGAUUUACUCUUGGCUCUGAAACUCGAACCUAGCUAUUUGGAGACCUUGCCACGGGACUCGUAUAUGCAAAAGGCCUUGAAAUGGAUGCUGCUAGAAGAUCAACAAUAUUACCCAAUUGGUCGGACCAUGCCCCACAUUUUAUUGGAACGCUUUCUCCUGGCGGCCAUGUAUUUUGCCACAAAUGGGCCAAAUUGGAAGUACGAAUGGGAAGAUUUGCCCCGAAAUAGUUUGAGUCUAGCAUUUUUGAAAAAUACCUCCGUCUGCGAAUGGGUCGGUGGUGACUAUAUGGACGAUCAAGGUGUCUUUUGCGAUGAGAACAACGCGCGAGUCACGGAACUGCACGUGAACCAUUGUAUGGAGGGAGUCUUUCCUUCAGAGAUUGCCUUUUUGCCAGAUCUACAGACACUCAAUUGGUGCAAUAACAAACUGGUCGGAACUCUUCCCACGAUAUUGGGUUCCAUGUCUUCGCUCACAAGUCUGAGUCUGUGAUCCAAUCUCUUGACUGGCACUCUACCAACGGAAUUUGGAAAUUUACAAAGUCUGGGUUGGCUCGAACUAUAUGACAAUGAUCUUUCCGGUGUCAUACCUACGGCCAUUGAAACCAUGACAAGUCUGCGAGAUGUUUCAUUUGAGGAAAAUUUUAAGUUAUCUGGAAGCAUACCCAGUGGGAUUGGAUUGUUGACCAAUUUGGAGGAAUUCAAUGCCAAUGAAUGCAAUCUCAAUGGAACCAUACCUUCCGAAAUUGGAAGGUUGGCUUUACUGGAGACCUUUUCACUAUCCAAGAAUAGGGAACUUUUCGGGAGCAUUCCAACCGAAAUGGGUUCGUUGUCCAGUCUUGAGCGACUGUACCUCUCGUUCACGGACAUAACUGGCCCCAUCCCUGCCGAGCUUGGACAAAUCACUAGUUUGGCCUACGUCGAACUUCAGGAGAGUCUCUUGACUGGGACGGUACCGACUGAAGUGUGUGCCAUGAGAAACUCAUCGCUCAAUCGCCUCAUUGUAGACUGCUUCCCAAAGCCAGAUACAAACUUGACGGAAAUCGAAUGCCUUGUCCCAGACUGUUGUACGGAAUGUCACUAA